AUGCGUUUACAACCACAAUCAGACAUGGCUUCACGUACAACUUUUCUUCUUUUUUUCGUGAACCUUUUAUUCGUGUCAUGGGUUUCUGCUGCUCCGUUGAUUGGCGGGCGAGUUCUCGCUGUUUUAGAGGAGCAGUCCGAUAGUGCAAAGUAUUCACAGUUUUUAGUGGACCUUAAAGGUAAGGCUCUGGCUAGCUCUCCCGCAAUUGUGAAUUUGUUUUGCUAAAUUAACCGAUUCUCUGACUGCAGGGAGAGGGUUUGAUGUCAAACUCGAGUCUCCGAAGAAAGACACACUGUCGCUGUUUAAGCACGGAGAAAAGGUUUGGGAUCACGUUAUUCUGUUUCCACCCAAGUCUAAAGGUGAUAACAUGCCCCUUUCUUCUAGCUUCCCCAAGCCAUUCUGACAAAAUUUGAAUAGGAUACGGGCCUGCCCUUACCCCCCAACAAUUGCUUGAGUUCACUAAGCUCGGAGGCAAUGUUUUGAUCCUCACUUCGCCUUCCAGUAUCCCCGAACAGAUUCGUGAGCUCGCUCGCGAGCUCGGCAUUGGUCUACCUCCAAAGGACUAUAUUGCUGUUGAUCAUUUCAACUAUGACACCGUUUCCAAAUCGGAGAAGCACGACGUUAUCUUGGCUAAUCGACCCGCCGUUUCUCCUGCUGUCCAUAACUACUUUAGCGGAAAGCAGGGCGAUUUGAUUGCGUUCCGUGGCGCCGGACACACUCUCGGCAACGGACCAUUGUUGGUACCUAUCCUUACUGCUCCGAGAACCGCCUACGCGUACGAUAGCAAAGAGGAUUUUGCUUAUGCCCAGGAUCCCUGGGCAGCUGGUACUCAAAUGCAGCUCAUCUCGGCCAUGCAAGCGAGAAAUAAUGCUAGAAUUACACUUGCCGGAAGUGCUGAUAUGUUCUCCAAUGAAUUCUUCGAAAUGAAGGUCCAGAGGCCUGGAUCAGUGGAAUCACGGAAGACUGCCAACAAGGAGUUUUGCAGAGACGUUGCCGCUUGGACCUUCGGGGAGAAGGGUAUCGUCAAGGUUAAUGCUAUAAGGCACUAUCUGUCUAAUGAGCCCGAUUCUCCUGUCAAUCCAAAUAUGUACAGGAUCAAGAACGAUGCGGUAUGUGCAGGUUGUGGUUUAUAUUAUGGAACCAUGUCGCUAACUGUUUUACAGACUUUUGAAAUCGAGCUUUCUGAGUACGACACCGACCGCUGGGUUCCCUUCAAGGUUCCCUCGGGCGACAGCCUUCAACUUGAGUUCACCAUGCUUGAUCCCUACUACCGGAUCCCACUUUUUCCUGCAUCUACUUCAUCUAACUAUACUACCUACGCCACUUCUUUCAAAAUUCCGGACCAACAUGGUGUUUUUGCUUUCAGAGUGAACUACAAGCGCCCAUACAUCACCUACGUUGAUGAAAAGUAUAGUGUCACUGUUAGGCACUUUGCGCAUGACGAGUAUACCAGGAGUUGGGAUAUUAGUGGCGCCUGGGUCUGGAUUGCCGGCAUUGCGGUAACUAUCACUGGGUGGAUUGGAUUCUGCGCUUUAUGGCUCUGGAGCGCACCGGCUGCUAUCAAGGCGGGGUUGAAAAAGACGGAAUAAAGUGUUGCGUUUUUUUUAUGAGGAUUUUUCUUUUUC